CGAGCUGUGAAAGCAGCCCUGCCGUCCAAGGAGUCGUUUGGGCGCCCUGUCACGUAAUGCUUCUGCUUCUGGGAGGCUUUUUGUCGGAAGUGUGUUAAGGGGUUACCUGAAAGCACCAUGGUGCGCAUGAAUGUCCUGGCUGAUGCUCUCAAGAGCAUCAACAAUGCUGAGAAGAGAGGCAAACGCCAGGUCCUCAUCAGGCCCUGCUCCAAAGUCAUCGUUAGGUUCCUAACUGUGAUGAUGAAGCAUGGUUACAUUGGUGAGUUUGAAAUCAUCGACGACCACAGAGCUGGGAAAAUCGUUGUGAACCUCACAGGCAGGUUGAACAAGUGUGGGGUGAUAAGCCCUAGAUUUGAUGUGCAACUCAAAGACCUAGAAAAAUGGCAGAACAAUCUGCUCCCAUCCCGUCAGUUUGGCUUCAUUGUACUGACAACCUCAGCUGGUAUCAUGGACCAUGAAGAAGCAAGACGAAAACACACAGGAGGAAAAAUCCUGGGAUUCUUUUUCUAGAGAUGUAAAACACAUUAAUAAAAAGCCUCCAUGGACUAUGCUCA